AUGGAGGGGCAGCCAAAGGAACAACGGCUGGGGUUUGCCGGGGAGUCCCUGAAGGGACUGCUAAAUAAAAAUUUGGACCCCUGCCCCAUUGACCCUCUGCUGCCCGCGCAACCGAACGGACAGGAAGGACGGACGGGCCGUCAACAAGACCUUACUCUCUGUGGAAGGAAAAAGGUAAAGCAGGCCAGGUCGCAGUCAAUAUUUGCUUCUUCGCUUUCGCAAAUCCGACCUAACCCAGCUGAUGAGGCUCUCAACUCUCCUUUUUUGACGACCCGUGAACCUCUUUUCUUCUUGGACGACGUCGACACAGCGUCGUAUCACGCCUUCCCCGCCAUCAGCCGUCUCGUCUGCUCGCCCGUUGCCAGACCAGACAGCCCCCCUCGGCUUUGCAUCUACGGCUUCUUUUUGACGUCAUUCGGAUCUCUACUCUCUGCACCUUCCCUCAUCUUCCACGACCAGCGAUCGCAGUUGACAACCAUUCAACGAGGUUGCCUCUUUGACAGUUGCACCGCCUCACCUCGUCCACGCAAACUUGCAGUUGCGCUACUCCGCACUACGAGGCGAAGCCACCUGCAAGCGGCAACGUCACGCCUGCGACUUCGCCUUCCCCAACGCACACUCUGCCAAUAG